AUGGCUUCGAGACCACUCCUAGUUGAAUUCCUUCCUAAAGGAGGAUUUCAAUGGUCUUCCAAUAGCGGGGCUCAUUUCAUCCGAAACGACCAAGCUCGUAGGGUUGUUCGUGCAAUGAAACUGGCAGGACGACGUCUCGAUGAAUCGGUUUGCACCGAAUACAUCGCUCGACUUUUCGACGCGGCGAAAGACUUGGUACGCCAUUGCCGAUCAUACGACGCUGCGGGCUUCUGGGGAUUCGUCAGUUGUCAUGUCCCAUGGGCGGUACGCAUUAGCCCAGAAGAUCUGUACGACCUAUCGAUUCGGAUCAUCUCAGCCAGGCGCAUCUUUCUUGACCAAAGGGAUUUCUGGGUUGAGAUGAAACAAGAGGAUGAUUUCAAGAACAUCCCGGACAACUACUUCAUCCGCGUCUUCAAUGAGGCCAACACGGCCUUCUAUCCUGCGUGGACCAAUGACUCUGAUAACGAGGGGACUGCUGAGGCAACGAAGGAGAGAUUCCGUGAAAAGUGUGAAGCACCCCGCAAUCUCCCUGUCAAAACAACUGCAGAGGACCAAAGCAAGGGUCUAGAAGGCAAAUACGAGGAAAUGGUUGAGAUGGUCGGAAAUGUCGAAAUUGUCGACAGAAUGGACGAGGGUAUGGACGCUGAGAUGGGUGAGAUGGACUGUGAGAUGGACUAUGAGAUGGAGGAUGCCAUGGACAAUUAA